UGCAGACACUUCCACGAAGCAACUGCAACAGCAGCUUCCACGAACAGCAAUGCUAACAUAAUGCGGUGUCUAAUUUUGAGGAGAUAGAACUAAUCUAUAAGCUUGAUGUAAUUUAAACAGAAGAUAACGGCAACAACUGCGUGUAUUUAGUUUAUUUAUAUUUAAUUAGAAGGUCAGCCUUUGUAAGAGGAAAGGAAUCCCAGGCUGUGUGUGUGUGCGCGCUUCGUAUGGACGGUCGUUUCGAGGUGAAUGCUACAGCAACGCGCUCGGCUGCCGCCGUCCGCCGUAGACGGUGGCCGGGAGGGCCGUCCGCCAUGGACCCGGUGAGUGCGCUGCUGGAGGAGGUAGCGCUGGAGGGGCUGGACGGCAUCACCCUCUCCACGCUGUGGUUCCGCCUGGACAGCCGCAUCCCUGCCUUCCCACUGCAGCUCGACCAGGCCACACGGCAGUUCCUUUGGGAGGCCGUUGUCAGCAGCCCCCAGGUUGAGUUCUACGAGCUGCCCGAGCCGAGGCCGCCGCUGGUGUUUUAUGACAGAUAUGAAGAAAUUGAUCCAGAGACAGGAAUUCAAGAGACCCGGAGGGAUCCCACACCAUGGGAUGAUAUCUAUCCCAUUUGCAUCAUUACUGAUAACAAGGAUGGAAUUCAGGGCUCCUGUCACCAUUUUAACAAGCGAAAGAACUUAACAGCAGAAGUGAGGACUCAGCAGUAUGAACCAUGUUGUUCGUUGGAUGAAGCCAUAGAAAGGUGGGGAGAAAAGCUGGUUAUGGUUGCUUCGCAAAUGAUGCGCCAUCGAACUCUAAUUGGAUGGGAAAAUGAUCCAGAGUUGAGCCUGCCUGACUAUUCCUAUUGUAUAUUAGAGAGGUUAGGUAGAGCGCGAUGGCAGGGGGAACUGCAGAGAGAUCUGCACAGUGGAGCCUUCAAAAUUGAUGCCCGUAAAAUGCAUUAUCACAGAAGAGUGCUAGACAGAAACUGUUUGAUUACUCUACAGUCCCACGUUAUUCGUCAGCCCAAUGGAAACCAGCAAUAUUCCAUUCUGCUACUGCUCAAACGUUUUCACGUUGAUAGGAGAAGCAAGUAUGACAUCCUCAUGGAAAAGAUCUCCAAUAUCCUUGUGAAUCGCCCCAAUCAGCUAGAAGUCAUGUUAACCCUUAGAGAUGAGCUGGGUCUUUGUGAGAGAACUUUCAAAAAACUUUAUCAGUAUAUGGUGUCAGCUGGUAUAGCCAAAGUGAUUUCUGUUCCUCUUAAAGAACUGCAUCCUGAGGGAGGACCUUGUGUGACAAAGAAAGGAACUGAAGUUAUUGUUCGCUGCUUGAAGUUAAUAAAGGAAUAUGGGAAAAAAUUAGAUGAUGACGAUGACAUGGAUGAAGAGGAAGGUAAAGGAGUCGAAACAAUGGAUGUUGUGUAUGAACGAGACAUGCUCACACAGGCUUAUGAGCUCAUUGAGAGAAGAGGCACCAAAGGGAUUUCACAGACCGAAAUCAGAUUGGCACUGAACGUUGGGAAACUUGAAGGCCGAAUGCUGUGCCGCCUCCUGGAGAGGUACAAAGUGAUCACGGGCUUCAUGGAAGAUGAAGGUCGUCAGCGCACAACUAAAUAUGUAGCCAAGACAUUUGUGGAACAGAGUGAGCUGAGCAAGCAAUUUGAAAAGGAGAAGGCAAGAAACGAGCGGCUGGCCACAACAAACCUCCUACCACUUGAUGCUGAUGCAUCGCAACUUGCUCCUCAGCAAGCGCCAACUUCUUCAAAGAACUUAGCGGAAGAUGCAUGCAAAAGUGUGGCAAAGGGGUCAUCAGGGGGCUCGCCAGAGUCAAGUCUCGAUCAAGAGGAUUUGGCAGCAUUACCAGAAACCACUGUCCAAAAAAAACAAUCUCCUCCUUUGGAGAAUAAAGAAAAGAUAUGUGCUGGCUCACAGAAAAUGAACAAAGGAAAAAAAUUAUUUAAAAGUGCAUUAUUAAGGAAACUUAAAAAGAAAAAAGGUCUCAAAUCCAAAAUGGGCAAAGGUAAGAAACUAUCUAGUUUACGAAAAACAGGUGUUAGGAUUGGCCAUCCCCACCAUACGGGUGAAAAUGUAGGUUUAUCCAAACAAUCGCAACAAAUGGAUGUUCAGCUAAAUGCUGCCCAGCACGAUCCAAGUCCUAAUUCUUCUAUGGAGUCUGAAAAUGAUCAAAGUGAAGAGAAUGUUUUAAUUGAAGAAAUCAAGAUUGAAAAAGCAAAGGAGAAAAGCCACGCAAGGAAGAGGAGACCUUGCAAAAAUAUCUGUGUAAAGAAACCACACGAAACAUUUCGGUUGCUAAAACGACAAAACUUAAUUAUAGAAGCUGUGCGGAAUAUGAAACUGAUUGAAAGCCUGUUUACACUUCAGAAGAUGAUCAUGGAAGAAGAGAAGAAAGAUGGUGUGGCCACCAGAUGCUGCAAGAAAUCCAUAGUAAGAAUGGUUCAAAAGCUGGCUCAAGAGGGACUGCUUCGACUCUUCCGCACCACUGUUAUACAGGACGGCAUUAGCAAAAAGGUGGAGUUUGUUGCUCAUCCGUCUGUGCUUCCCAAUGAUCCACUGGUAAAAAGUGCCAUUGAGCAAGUUCGAUUUAGGAUCUCCAGUUCGUACACAGUACAUCGGAUGAAAUCAUUGCAAGUCCAGGCUCAGAAGGAAAAGCAAAAGCAGACGAAGGAAGGUAGUUCAGUGACUGCAGCGGGUGAGGCAGAGCCGGACAAAAAUUCUGACACGCCCAGCAAAAGUUCCACCACCAAAACAGAUGAGAAAAUGGGUGUCACUCCUCUGAAGAAUUAUCAUCCUCUAAUAGUUCCUGGGCUGGGACGUUCGCUUGGGUUUCUUCCCAAAAUGCCUCGACUACGCCUUGUCCACAUGUUCCUGUGGUACCUCAUUUAUGGACACCCUCUGCAAGAGUCUGCAAAAGAUUCGGCCACAUCGAUACCUUCAGUUGACACACCAAGCAGUGCUGAAAAAGAGGUCUCGUCUUCAGAAGCCCCUGGAGAAGCUGUUGCUUCCACGUCAAGUGACACCACUGAUGCUAGUGCAGAAAAGAAUAUGCCAGCUGCUAAUGGAAAGCCAGCUGAGGUGCCAACUACGUUAGAAAUUAAUGAAGACCGCCAGUGGGAGGAAGAACUAGACCAAUUGUGCAUGAAAGAGACUGUUUACGUGGAUGAAGCAUCGUGGAAGAGAAAUAUUCCUCCUACCCCUAUUCACAGAGAAUUUGGAUAUGGUUGGGCUCUCAUUAGUGACAUACUGCUUUCUAUUCCCCUCUCUAUUUUUGUUCAGAUAGUACAAGUCAGCCACAAGGUUGAAAAUCUAGAAGAUUUUUUAAAUGAUCCUAUCUUGAAGCACACUUUGAUCAGGAGUCUGCCACAGCCUAUGAGGCAACAACUUCUUUAUAAGCGGAGAUACAUAUUUUCCUUCUUUGAGAGUCUGCAACGUCUUUGUUACAUGGGAUUAUUACAGUUUGGUCCAACUGAAAAGUUUCAGGAGAAAGAUCAGAUUUUCAUUUAUGUGAAAAAGAAUGCCAUGAUUGUUGAUACUACCAGUUGUGAUCCACACUAUAAUUUGGCCAGAAGCAGCAGGCCAUUUGAAAAUCGAUGCUAUGCUCUAAAUAGUAUGCAAGAUGUAGAAAGCUUCUGGUUUGACCUGAUGUGCGUUUGUCUGAAUACACCACUAGGUGUCAUUAGGGUUCCUCGCUUAAAUAAAGGUGGUCAGACAGCUGCUGAGGGAGCAGAAGACUCUGUGCUUAACCCGGAGAUAGAUCAGGACGCAACUGCAAAGAACUCUAUGGAGAACAGAUGUUCUCUGCUGGAAUAUGCAACGGGUAGUCGGAAAUUGAUGGAAGACGGGAAACUUCCAGGUGACGGUCUUGGAGCGGGAGGCCUCGAUUCUAGUUUCUUUGGACAUCUGAAGCGAAACUGGAUCUGGACCAGUUAUAUUAUGAACAAUGCUAAAAAGAGCCUCAGUGUCCCUGAGAGCAGCACAAUGCGAUUACAGAGUUUCCUUAACAAGCAUUCUCUUCCUCUUGCAGUUGCAGGAAACAAGUUCAAUAUGUUAGGGAUGCUCAGGUCUGUACAGGGACCCCUUACCAGGGAUAAGGAAGAAAUCCGAAUUGAAAAAGAGAGCAAUGUUGGUCGAAACAAGCGAGUAGCUGGCGGAAAAGGGCAGAAACGAAAACGACCUGAAAAGGAGAGUGGGAAGAAAACAAGAAAAAAGAAGAAGAAAGAGGAAGCUCCACAACAGGGGAAGGCAAAACGGUUUCGUUUCACAGACGACGCGGAUAAGAGUGCACUGCGUCGUAUGACCAAACUCCGCGUAACCUGGACUGCACAGGAAGACAGUCUGCUCAUGCUUUGCCGAGUAGCCAGCCACGUACUCAACAAAAAAGUGAAAGGACCUUUUGUUCCUUGGCAAACGGUCAGAGAUGUCUUGCACGAUUAUUUUGAAGAGGCUUUGGAUAAAACCUCUCUUGCUGUGGGCCGUAGAUCUCGCUACAUCCUCAAGAAUCCCCAGACAAUGCUUAAUUACAGAAUUUGUCUUGCUGAAGUCUAUGAAGACCACGCUUUAAUCGAUGAAAUCAUGAGCAAGAAGGGUAAUUACCAAGACUGUAAGGUUUGUGCAGAAGAGUUCCAAGAAUUUGUCAGAAAACUGAGAGAAAAAUUCAGCUCUACAAUCGGAUCUGGAAAUAUCGAGAUUCCUGAUACACUGCAGGAGUUAUUUGCCAGGUUUAAAGUUUUGGUUGUUGGAGAAGAAGGGAAUGAAGGCCGGAAGCAAGAUAACAUAAAAAGCACGGAUGAUAUCCAUUAUUUGGUCCUGCAAAAUUUCAUCCAGAGUACACUGGCUCUAUCAGAUAUACAGAUGAAAUCAUGUCAGUCCUUCCAGACUUUUCACCUUUACAAACAAUACAAGGACGAAAUCCUAGUGAAGGUGUUCCUGGACUUCCAGCAGAGGAGCUUGGUAAACCGCCGCAGGGUCAGUAAAGGUUUGGGUCCAAAGAAGAGCAGAGCCUUGCCCUUUGCAGCAAUGUCAUAUCAGUUGUCACAGACAUACUACAGGCACUUUGUCUGGCGCUUUCCGAGUAAUAUUUGUUCCGAAUCAUAUAAGUUUGUGCAAAAACUGAAGAGUACAGGAGCAGCAGAUCUCCCCAACGUCUUUUCAUUCCAGGACAUAGAUGCGUCCACUGAGGCUGAUAUGGUCACCUACCCUCUGGAUGGAAAUGGUGGCUGCUGUGUAGCUACGAUAUCCUUGUUUAUCCUCGGUCUGCUCUCUUUCCACGUCUCAAUCCCUGAGCAGAUUGUGGUUGUGGACAGUAUGCUGGUAGAUAAUGAAGUCAUAAAAAGGUUGGGGAAGGAAAGCAUCGAAGAUGAUGAGGAGGAUGAGCUGGAAGAUGUUGGGAGUAAGCCCAAAUUUGAAGUGAAGGCUCCUCAGGCCUCGCAUACUAAUUACUUGCUAAUGAGAGGGUACUAUGCACCAGGCAUUGUGAGCACACGGAACCUUAAUCCAAACGACAACAUAGUGGUAAACUCCUGUCGGGUGAGGUUAAAAAUCCGUUCAACGUCAGCUCAAGGAAGCUUGAGCACCCACGAUGAUCUAGCCACUUUGUUUCAGACAGACUCAGGACCAGGUGCUCUACCUCCAUCAUUCACAAAGGUGUUUAAACCCAGCACUACUGAGUAUGGAGGAGAGAAAGUUCAGAAACAUUUUGAAGAGGAGCUCGGGUACAGCCCUGAGGAUCUGGUGGCCGUGCAGGAGAUCUCCAGUGCAGUUGAAGAAUGCUCCAACUUUGGGAUUGAGAUAACAAAAUUAGCUCAGAGAUUUGCUCAGUACGAAGAGGUCUUGAAUGCUAGGACCAGGACUUUAAGGCAGUACUUACAGGAUUUGAUUGCAUUGGACCAAGUGAUUGAAGUCGGUGGCUCAACGACACGGUUGGUUGCAAUAACACACGCUUACCCAUGGAUGCUACAUCCAUUUUGUGUUUGGAAGAGUAAUGAGAAGUCUGUUUCUCUUCCCAAGAGGGGAUCCGAGCCUAGCAGUGAAAUGAGCCGUUCAGAGACGGACACAAAAGACAUUGUGCCAGGUGAUCUCACUGAAGUGCAGAGGAUGGGUGUAAAUCGUGAUCUUACUACUACCACCUCAAUGGAAGGUGUUGAGCAGCACAAUUCUGAGUGCACAACCACACAGAAUGAGCCAGUUUGUUCAGGUGAUACAUCUAUUGCGACUGGAAAUAAAAGAACUAGUGAAGAAACUGAAGCAGAAGCAGUUGACCACGUAAAUCCUUGUAAACGGCCUCGGGAAAGUGAACCUUCUGAGCUAAGCUUGGAUUCCUCAGAUCUGCAAAAGAGCGCAGCAGAUGAAGCAAAAACCAGCUUCUCCCAACAUCUGUCGCCUUCUGCCUUCUCACUGGAAAAUAACCCAGAUCAGCAGACGGAUCCAGGGAGGCUAAGCAGCAAGCAGGUUCCGGAUGGAGACGAGAGCUGUGAAGGGUUUAAUUCUUCAGGUGAUGUUAAAAGUCUAAACACCUCUUCAGAAAUGACUGCUGAGGAGUAUCGUGGCCAGCCAGGCCACCAGUCCGUGAGAGAUGACGAAGCAAAGCCCACUUUGAGUCAGGGACACACUGAAACAAUCCAUCCUGUGGAAGAGCAAGUUCUCAAAGGUGAUAAAUCUGCAGUGAAUCCCGAGAAGAAUUUACCACAUGACCAAGAUCCUCAAGUAAGCAAGAGUCAGGACAGACCUGGUCUUCAGAAGGAAGGAGAUACGGUUAAGGAGGAUGUCAAGAUGGACAGUAUCUUGCAGACCGAAUCAGACAAUGAAUACGAGCAGAUUAGUUUUUUCUGCCAUCCCUGGAGGAUUGUUGAUGGGAGCCUGAAUAAACCUGUGUGUAAAGGAAUGAUAGAAGCUGUCCUGUACCAUAUAAUGGCAAAACCUGGGAUCACAGAACAGAAACUAUUAAGCUACUACAGUGCUGUACUGCAGCCUGUAGUUGUGAGGGAAUUACUACGGGGUCUGGAAAGCAUUGGCUGCAUCCAAAAACGUUACUUGACCAAAACCAAACCCGUGUCCUUGUUCUCUGCUCCAACAACUGUUCAUGAGAUGCAGGGGCACAAGUUGUCUGAAAGCUGCACUGUUUUUUAUGAACCGACCAUAGACUGUGUCAUCAAACUCAGCAAAGUCUUUCCACACGAAUCAAACUGGAACAAGUGGAUACAGUAAUAUCACAGUUUACUUUUGUCUUCACAUAAAGAAGGCUUCCACAGGAGCUGUGACUGUCCCGGGAGCCACCGUAACUAUUUAUAUACCAGUUUGAAGAUCAGGUUAAAGGGAAAUAACCAAGGGUUACUAGAAAAUGAGGAAUAAAUCAUUUUACUAAAACUCACAGACUUUGUAUUAGAUUGCAAUGCACCUUCGUUUUAAUUCUGUGGCAUUGAUUACAGAACAUGAAUUUUAGUUUGUCAGAUCCUUUUUUAAGACAUGAAUGUUUUUUAAGAUAUAACGUUGCUAGGACUUGAGGACCUCAACUAUUGGGAAUAGAUGAAUAGGUUCAGACUUUAUUUCCUGCACCAUACGAGGAUGAGGGAAGAUUUGAUAGAGGUAUACAAAAUUAUGAGGGGUAUAGCCAAGGUAAAUACAAGCUGGCUUUUUCCCUACUAAGGUUGUGUAAGACUAGAACUAGAGUUCAUAGGUUAAAGGUGAAAUUUUUAAGAGGAACCUGAGAGGAUGUUGCAAGUGUGGUUUACACUGUCAGCAGAAGUGAUGGAUGUCGGUUUGAUUUCAACAUUUAGGAGAUGUGGAGAGGUAUGUGAUUAGGAAGGGUAUGACUGGCAGUGGUCCCGGUAAGGGUCAAUGGGACUGGACAGAAUAACAAUUUGGCAUGGCCCAGAUAGACCUAAGGGUCUGUUUUUGCACUGUAGUGCUCUAUGACUCUGAAGUGGCUUGAAGGAAUAGUGAUUUCAGGAAGAAGUGAGUUUUAUUGCCUUUGGCAUGUGUGACAGCACUGUGAAGAAGAGGAUUACACGCAGUCAGAAUUACAAGAAUGUAGAGUGAAAGCACAAGGAGAGAUUACACAGAGGAAAUAGUCAUGAGAGGGUUUUAAGUACCAGAGGUGAGGAUUUACAGUACUCUGCAAAGGUCUUGGGUACCUAGCCAUAUAUAUGUGCCUAAGAAUUUUGCACAUUACUCUUGAGUGGAGGAGAGAACGAGUUUGUAAAUCUGGCAGGAGCAACGGAUGUUGGGAAUAGCGAGGGUGGAGUUGGAGUGCUGUGGGAGGGGUGUGGGACAGAAUGCCGGGCGUGGGGAUGGGUGGCACGGGUGCAGACACACCCAGCCCUGAGAUACCAGACAAGGUCAUUUGCUUCCAAACAAUUAGGUUAUUGCUUCCUGCUCCCUCCCUUCUCCCUUCCCCUUUUCCCAACCAGGAUUUCCCCUCUCCCUGCCCCCUUCUCACUCUCAGUCAACAAUAGAGACCCAUAUCGGAAUCAGAUUUAUCAUCACUCACAUAUGUCAUGAAAUUUGUUUUUUUUUUGCGGCAGUACAGGGCAAUACAUAAAAUACAUAAACGUCUUAGGCACCCUAGCUACAUAUGCGUGCCUAAGAAUUCUGCACAGUUCAUUAAAACAAACAUUUCUGCACUCUUUCCAGUGGGUAAGUAUUGCAGGGUGAAUGAGACUUCCAGAGCUGGAGACUAGCAAUUUUAGAGAGGUCUGAUUGAUGUGCCUCACUAAGCAUAGGCAAGGAGACUUACGGGUUAACGUCCAGUGGCCCUUUCCUGGAUUGUUAGGCUUAAGCCAUGCUGACAUUUGUUCAUGGAUUUUACACCGGUAGAUUUAGUAUUGAAGCAAAGACAAACUGUGAAGCCCAUGGGCUUCCUAACAUUUCCAUUGUGUCUCUCUCGCAUGCCACAAGUAAAAGUACUUCAAUCACUAGCUACUACCCUACAAGCUUUGCCUGUAGACUCACUGUGCAGUGGGUGCACUUCCUGUGAUUGCCUUUGAAAUGGAACCAGAUUAACUAUUGGAAUCAGAGUCAGGUUUAUUAUCACUGGCAUAUGCAAUUUGUUGCUUAGCAAGCCUCAGUCUGUAACUUUUGUUCAUACCACUGGACCUGGACUUCUGAGAUUCAGAGUGGAACUGCCCCAGUGCCACAGCUUUUCCACUUUUAAAUGCCCUCUGGCACAAAUUUCCUGUCAUCCUCGGACAUGAUAAACAGCCGCCACAGUGCAAUACCUAAAAAUACCAUAAACUGCAAUCAAAAUACAUAAAAAUAUAAAUGAAUAGUGCAGCAAAGGGCAAAAUAGUGAGGUGGUGUCGUGGACUAUUUGGAAAUCUGACAGCCCAGGCGGAAAAGCUGUUUCUAAAACAUUUUGUGUGCAACUUCAGGCUCCUAUACCUCUUCUCUGGUAGUCAUGAGAGGGGGAUUUGUCUUUGACCUAAAGGUCCUUCAUGAUGGAUGGUGCCUUCUUGAGGCAGCAGCUUUUUGAAGAUGCCCUCAUUGGUGGAUCUGUCCUCAAAGGAAAGAUCACAAGGAAGUGGGGUGCAGUCGAUGAUUGCUCUGCACUGACUCCUUCCCAGAGCACUGGCGCAGAAUGACCAGCUCCUUCACAGAUUUGAUCUACAAAUGUGUCAGUCUUCUGCUUUCAUACUGCCAAUUCCUAAUCUCACUUUGGAUUGCGACCGUGAUGAACUGGAGAAAUAAAAGCCUAUUGAAAUAUCUGCACAGCUUCUGAUCACUGGAAUAUGCAAUCUGUUGUUACUGCGUCUAAAGAAAAUAGAAGGGAUUCCGGUUAAUUGGGACAACUGUUUGUCAAGUAACAAAAACUAAAUCGAAAAAAAAAACUGCCCGGAGUCCUUUGGUUUAUUUGGGGCUCUAUGCCGCUUAAUUGAGACAGGACACUGGUUCCGAACAGAUUAUCACUUGCGUCAAUCGCGUAGGACACCGUGCUUGGAGCGAUCAUUUUUUAAACAGCGUCAGUUCCAUGAAUUUGUGUUCAAAAAGCAGUGAUUUUUGUCUCUGAUAGUUGGCAGUAAAACAAUUCGGUACUGUUUUGCUCAACGCGGCUUCAAGCAUUCGUGCUUAGAGAUGCCAGAAACGGCCGGGACUGAAAAUGAACCGGAUUCACUUCAAGUUAGGAAUUAUGUAGGUAUCGUCAUUCAUCUUGAAUGUUACACUGGAAAUGGAGAUUUGGAGGGACGCAGUCAUUGAAGGAAUUGUCUUAAGUCAGUCCACUGUCUGUACUAGGUGUCUACACCGAUUUUUUUCAUUUACAGUCAGCCGAAAGUACAAAACAGAGGAAUUCCUCGGUCAAUAAUUAUUAAUGAGCUAAUACAAUUUUAUUGCACUGUAAAAGUAUUGGUAGUGUUCUAAUUUGUUCUGUAUUUCAUUUAAAUACAUAAAUUGUUACCCAUUUCAA